AUGGGACAAAACAAUGGCACUGAAGUAACUGAAUUCAUUCUCCUGGGAUUCACUGGUCAACACAAGUCUUGGCAUGUCCUCUUCAUAGUAUUUCUAGUGAUCUAUGGUGUCACCCUGGUGGGUAACAUUGGCAUGAUCCUCCUCAUCAAGACUGACUCUUCCCUUCACACCCCCAUGUACUUUUUCCUCCAAAACUUGGCUUUUGUUGAUCUCGGUUAUGCCACUGCUAUCACUCCCGAGAUGUUGCAUAAUUUGAUGAGCACUGAAAAGUCCAUCUCAUUCUUCGGAUGUAUGCUGCAGUUGCUAGUCUAUGGCACCUUUGUAACAAGUGAUUGCUAUAUUCUGGCGGCUAUGGCAGUGGACCGUUAUGUGGCCAUCUGUAAUCCACUUCGCUAUGGAACUGUCAUGUCCCAAAGAGUCUGCAUUCAACUCUUAACUGGUUCAUACUUCAUGGGUUUCCUGAAUGCUUCUGUCAAUGUAGGCUUUACUUUCUCACUAAAGUUUUGCAAAUCCAAUAAAAUUAACCACUUUUUCUGUGAUGAACCCCCAAUUCUGGCUCUCUCGUGCUCUGAUAUUUACUUCAGUAUCAUGGUACUAGAAGCCUUUGUGGGGUUUAACUUGACAUUCACUAUAUUGAUCAUCAUCUUUUCCUACAUGUUUAUCUUGUCUGCCAUCCUGAAGAUCUCUUCUGCUGCAGGAAGGAAAAAAGCCUUCUCCACCUGUGCCUCCCACCUGACAGCGGUCACCAUUUUCUAUGGAACACUCUCUUAUAUGUAUGUGUACCAUGGUACCCUAGAGACUCAAGAGCAAGAAAAAAUGGCUUCCAUUUUUUAUGGGAUUGUGAUUCCCAUGUUAAACCCUAUCAUCUACAGUCUGAGAAACCAAGAUGUAAGAGAAGCCCUAAAAGGGGUUGGAAAAAAGUGUUCCUAG